CCCCAUCGACAGCAUACGAAGCGCAUGGGUGGGACGCUGGCUGCCCAUCAAUCAGACCCGCGAAUGAAACACUACACGACCUCACUCAGGGGUGUUGCGGCACAAAAGGUCCGGAGGUGCGAGUGAGCACCGCACAGCACACGGGCACGCAGACGGACAAGAGGCAACGUAAGUACGCUCACGUCAACCCACCAUGGCAAGACAAGACAGCCGGUGUGUGUGUGAGUGUGUGGUGUUGGGAGAGGGCGAGGUAAAGUGAUAGACUGAUGAGGGGGUCCAGUGCUGCUCGGCACACCGGAUGGACCCUUGACAUGAAUGAGGACUGCCGGUGAGACGUGUUUGAACGUCACUCCCACACACCACACCCAGCCAGUGGUCACACAGACACAGACAGACAGACAGACAAGGAGGGGGCACGUGCAAAAUGCAGAGGUAGAGAUAGACGAGAAUCGUAUGCAACAUCCAUAACGACGAGAGAUGGUCGUCACACAUUUCCCACGCUGAGCGUGACAGCAUCCAUACUUCAUUCGAUUGCUGGCAUCAACCAAUGCCCACACAUCGAGUGAAGCCGGAUGGUGUCACGCCCGGCGCAUAGGAAUGCGACUCUGUGUGCCGGCAUCAAUAACAAUCACAAAUGAGAUAUAUAGGCACGCAGGCAAAACGUCAAAAACAGAGCAAGAGUGAGCCAAAAAGAGCCCCAGUCCGUGGCCCAACGAGACCCACGUCACGUCACUCACUGUCUGUGCCUAUCCCGCACCAGCCGCUCUGACUGGGCAACCUUCUUCUUCUUGACAGUGCUCUCCACCAAGGGAUGGAAGCCUCCACUCUGCCCGUGCUGGCGAGACUUGACAUUCACCGUAGCUCGCAGCCCGCUCAACACGCUCGCGAACUGGCCCCCUCCAGCCCUCUCGCCCUGAGACGUCGACACGCUGCUCAGAGGGCCGCCUGAGCGGUUGGCGAAAGAUGAUGGCGGUUGCAGCUGAACGGUCACGGCAGCCUCCACAGAUGGGGCAGAGGGGGGGCGGAUGUUGGCCUCCCUCGUAGGCGUCUGUCGGCCGACCGCCGGGAGGUCGUUGGCGGAGCUCCUGCUGGACAUGCCGCCAUUGUUGUUGGCUGCUGCUGCUGCAUGGGGGAGGGGCUGUGGCGCCAUCCUUGCCUUCUUCGGAAAGGCGGGGAAGGGCAGUCUCAGCUGAAGCAGCGAGGGGGGCAGCAGUGGCGAUGGCGUGGUGCUGGCCGUCAUCAUGAUGCCGCCGUCGCCCUCCGUCUUGCUCUGCCGCCUUUUGCAUCUGCAGCAAAUUCUGGCGAUAAUCGUGGUGCUGGCCCGCAGGGGCGAGAGCAGCGAGAGGGUCGCUUGGACGAGGUACGAGAUGACGAGCCAGAACCACUCGUUGGUGCCCGAUGGCGGGGCGGCGCCGCGCCGCUGCAGGUUGAGCAGGGCGUGGUCGGUGAUGGCCAGCUUCUUGAGCAGAAAGGCGUGCUGGUCGGCCGUCGACCUCUUGACGUCGUCAAACGACUCCAGCAGCUCCUGCAUGGACACGUGCAGCCCGCGAACCUGUGAAUAGUCAACAUGAGAACAAUUGUCUGCGUCAGGGGGACUAUCGCACGUCUCUCUCUCUCACCUGAUCCGUGAGCUCCUCCACCCUGCUGGUGAGCCGCUGGUUGGCCUCGUCCAGCCUGGCCAGCUCACCGCCCACCCACACACCCCACUCGCUGCUGCCGUCCUCCAACCUCUGUCGCCUCUCGUCAGCUCCCAUGACCGACCUCUGCUUCUCAUGCUGCAGCGCACUCACAGCCCAUGGGGGCGGCGCGUCCUUGUCGUUGACGACUGAGUCAGAGGAGGGCGGGGGCGGGGUCAGCCGUAUCUGUGAGCUAUCUGGAGGAGGAAGGCUCGGCCGCGCUGACUCGAGCUUGGGAGAGAAGAAGGCCCCGUCAGUGGGACGGGUGGCGUUAUAUUCGACGAUGAGGGAUGAUCGACGGUGGGGGACGUGGGGUGGGGCAUUGAGUGCUGGUGGCUCGAUGGAACGGUCAGACUGCAGGCAAAAGGCAACAGCGGAGCCCACCACCCACACACGUCGACAGCUGACCACUUUUCUUUAUCUGUCUUCGCUUACGCUGGCAGUGUGUACGCUAGCCACGGAACCGCUCCACCUUCCCUGAAGGUCAUCGUCUGGCAGGGCGGGGAUGGCAUCCUGGAACACAUCUUCCCUCUCGUCCCCGGCCGAUGCCACCACUGGCGGCGGUAGAGUGCGCGAUGACGGGGGAGGGAGGGGAUCGGGGGGCAGUGUGUGGUGGUGGUGGUGGUGAUGCUGCCUGGUGCCGCCAUGGCGACGAGGCAGCCGAAACAUGCCGCCUCUCGGCUCCUGAAUCCAAUGCAAGAAAACAGACGAUCAGAGUAGAAGAGAAGGUGCUCUACGUCGUUGUGUCUGGGACUCACCGAUGGCAGGAUAGGCGAAUGUCGCCGUUGCUCCUGCGUCGGUGAAGGCACCGCAUGGCCAUGCGCCUCCGCAGCUCGUGGCCUUGCCACGCGAGACGGCGAGUCUGGUGCAGGGGCGGGAGGGUCAGCAGGCCGCUCGAGGGCCUCAGCGUAGGCCGCAUUGUCGCCAUCCUCGUCCCUGUCGGAUCUUUUGCCCCACCUUCUCCUCCUCUGUCCGCCGUCGCCACCCUCUCUGGGUGCCCGCCAUCCUCUGCGAUGGCCGUGGUGGCGGUCUAUCGAUUUGUCCCGGUGGGGCCGGCCGGGUCUGGUCCAUCGGGAGGGGCCUGAGGCGCCUGGCUCACGCGCACUGUUGAGGCCUCGACGGGCGAGGAUGGGGAACAGCAGAUAGGGGUGGCUGGGGGACACAGACACACACGAGGACCGAACAGACAUCAGUGUGGGUCUCGGAGGCCUUGAAGUGCAUCAUGAUGUUGUUUGUGUCGGGCUUACCCUCCAUUGACGCCUUUGAGAAGUGAGAGGGGGGUGCGUUUCUUGCCAGUGGGGUGUCGGCUGCCACUGCCGGCACUGCCGACGCUAUCUGCAUCGCUGAAGAUGUCCAU